CAGGUCAGCUCAAACAUGGAGAAAGGAGCAGAGAGACAAAGAGGAGGUGAUAUGGAGGUGGUGGAGGAAAAAGGCUCAGUGGAGAGGCAGUGGGGGGAGGCAGAGGUGCUGGCUCUGGUGUCCGUGUGGGACGAGGUGGGAGCUCAGCACGUAGCUGAGAGCAGAGCCACAUUUGAGCUGAUCUCAGAGCGCCUGAGGAGGCUCAGUGUUGUGCGCAGCUGGUGGGAGUGUCAGGCCAAGAGCAGGAGCCUGGGACUUCAGAGCAGGAAGCCUGACGCAGCAGCAGCAGGCGCUUCAGCAGACUACAGCCCAGGAGUGGAUGGAAGGCCGGUGGAGGGCUGGGAGGAAGAGGUGGAGGAAGUGGGUAAUCAGAGAGGAGUCUACCCUUCCUCAGUCACUAUCCCAAUGCAGGAAGGAAUCAAGGGUCGGAUCCAUCGAGCGCUUCCUUACACUCCGAGCGUGGCUGAGGAGGGGGGCCGCCACUGGACGGACGACGAGGUGCGAGCGCUGCUGUGCGUGUGGGCCGACUGGCGUAUUCGGGAGCGCUUGAAAUGCACGCUACGCAACAAGUCCAUCUUCCAAGAGAUGGCCCGUCAGAUGCAGAGAAACUUUGGGGUGGUGCGCAACUGGAAACAGUGUCGGACAAAAUACAAGAACUUGAAGUACGACUACAAGACUGCUAGAAGCGCUCACGCCGCUGGGGGCAGCACGGCAGGAGGCCCCGGGAAGUACAUGAAGUUCUUUGACGAGGUGGAAGCCAUUCUGCUGGACCGCGGACUGGAAAACGGCACGACGGAAAUGCAGAAGAGGUUGUAUGAUGGAGAAAUAGCAGCAGGGAGGAUAAAAACAACAGCAGGCCACGCAGCUCAGACGACGGCCUCAGAGACCGAGGUUGUCAUAGAGAUUGAUGAUGAUGACAACAGCGAUGACUACGACAUGGACGGAGACGUAGAGGCGAAAUGGAGAGGAACAGAUCCGUCCAGCUCCGACCAGUUCCACGUGGUCACGGUGUCGGACACAGGUCGAAACUGGAGCGACCAGGAGGUGCGAGCGCUGAUUCAAGUGUGGUCCGAUGAGCGCGUGUGCAGGCAGCUGGAGAGCUCGACCAGGAAGAGAGACAUCUUUGUUCAGAUCUCCAACAGGUUAAUGCAGCAGGGCAUCGAACGCGACUGGAAACAGUGUCACACCAAGUACAAAAACCUCAAGUACCUUUACCGCUCCCUCCAAAGGGGCAAGACAGAUGACACUGACCCCAGACGCCUUAUGAGGUUCUACGAUGAGGUGGACGCCAUUAUGAACCGCACAACUAACGGUUCGCCACAUGCCGCAGGACCUGCUGACCACCAAGCACAUUCGGGAGGACUUGUGACGCUGCAGGGUUGUGAGGAGAGAGAUCACUUAGACGUCUAUUUGACAAAGGCCAGCGCAGUGACGACAGUGAUGGGAGCGAUGGAGGAGAGAACUUGUAGCUCCGACUCCGUCUCAUCUAUAAGCCUCGACGUGUCGCCGAGCGUUGAAGAGCAGAGGACGCACGUAGUGAAGGAGCAUCGCUUGGAUCAGCAGCACAGAUUAGUGGAAUCUUCUGAGACGAGGGCAGAGAAAGAGGAAACCUAUUCAGCGAACAGAGGACUGAAGAGGAAAGCUGUGGAUCAAGACCCCAAACUCCAGACUCCAGUGAAAAAACUGAACACUGGCUCUGACUUUGCUGGUAAGGUGGAGGCCCAGUGUAAAGAAGAGCAGGAUCACAUCCCAAUAAUAAAGAUCAACUCAGUGUGUUCAAUGGCCUCCCCUAAUCCGUCCCCUGUGAGACAGGGCUGUAAGUCAUUAAAGAACUCCAUCAUGGCGUCCACACCAGAGCUGAAGAUCGGCCAGAAGCUGAAUGAGGGAAAAACAAAGCAGAUCUUUGAGCUGGUGGACCAGCCCGGACUGGUUCUGGUGCAGUCCAAGGACCAGAUCACCGCAGGGAAUGCUGUGAGGAAAGACCAGAUGGAGGGCAAAGCUGCCAUCGCCAACAAAACGACGAGCUGCGUGUUUAAGCUGCUGCAGGAAUCUGGUAUUAAGACGGCCUUUGUGAAGCAGCACUCGGACACAGCGUUCAUCGCCACCCACUGUGAAAUGAUUCCCAUUGAGUGGGUGUGUCGGAGGGUGGCGACCGGAUCCUUCCUGAAGAGGAAUCCAGGAGUCAAAGAAGGAUACCGCUUCUCUCCGCUGAAGAUGGAGAUGUUCUUUAAAGAUGAUGCCAACAAUGACCCUCAGUGGUCCGAGGAGCAGCUGCUGCAGGCCAAGUUCUGCCUGGCCGGGCUCACUAUCGGUCAGUGUGAGGUGGACAUCAUGAACCGCAGCACCGUGGCCAUCUUUGAGAUUCUGGAGAAGGCCUGGGCCACUCAGAACUGCACGCUGGUGGAUAUGAAGAUUGAGUUUGGUGUCGAUGUGAAAACUCAAGAGAUCGUCCUCGCUGAUGUGAUCGACAACGACUCAUGGAGGCUGUGGCCAGCUGGAGAUCGCAGCCAGCAAAAAGAUAAGCAGGUGUACCGUGACCUGAAGGAAGUCACCCCCGAGGCCAUGCAGGUGGUGAAGAGGAACUUUGAGUGGGUCUCUGAAAGGGUCAAGCUGCUGCUGGAGUCCCAGGCCAGUGGACGGGUGGUGGUUCUGAUGGGCUCCACCUCGGACAUGGCCCACUGUGAAAAAAUCAAGAAGGCCUGUAGCUCCUAUGGCGUCCCCUGCGUCCUCAGAGUCACCUCGGCUCACAAAGGUCCAGACGAGACGCUCCGCAUCAAAGCAGAAUAUGAAGGUGACGGUGUGCCCACUGUGUUCGUGGCCGUGGCCGGCAGAAGCAACGGUCUCGGUCCAGUGAUGUCAGGAAACACGGCUUAUCCCGUCAUCAACUGCCCCCCUCUCACUCCAGACUGGGGUGCUCAGGAUGUCUGGUCAUCCCUCCGUAUGCCAAGUGGUCUUGGCUGCUCCACGAUCCUCUCCCCCGACGCCGCCGCUCAGUUUGCGGCGCAGAUCUUCGGCCUGACCGAUCACCUGGUGUGGUGCAAACUGAGAGCCUCCAUGCUGAACACCUGGGUGUCUCUGAAGCUGGCUGACAAGAAGCUGCAGGCCUGCAGCCUCUGAAGCGGCUCAGGACCUGGUUGAGCCUCGUGUGCUCCUCUGUCCGUCUACGCCUCGUCUUCGUUUACCGCGACAAACCCUCUAACAGUAGAUCUAAUCUACACCUACUUCCUCACACGUGAAUCAUUCCACUGAAAGAGAAAAUGAUUAAAAGCUUCUUAAUGAAA